AUGGCCGAGCGAGUCCAGCAGCCCCCAGCCAAGCGGCUCUGCUGCCGGCCCGGCUACAACCCGGCGUGCAGGCAGGGGCAGCGGGCUGGAGGAGUCCUGUGUGGCGGCGCGGGGUCCGCUCCGGGAGGGUCGGGAAGCGGAAAAACGCACAACCCCGAGUCGCUGCUCGACAUCGCGGCGCGCAGAGUCGCGGAGAAGUGGCCGUUCCAGCGGGUGGAGGAACGGUUCGAGCGGAUCCCGGAGCCCGUUCAGCGAAGGAUCGUGUACUGGUCGUUUCCGCGAAGCGAGAAGGAGAUCUGUAUGUAUUCCUCUUUCAACGCCGGGGGAGAGGAAAGUGGAACUAGCGGGGACAGUAAUGACGAGAGCCAGCUGCCUUUCCUGCGGGGUGUCACUCUGCUGGAGGGCGGCUGGGUGGACAACGUAUUGCAAGUCGCUCUCCGUGCCCCCACCAAUGGGUUGCCGGUGUUGGAGUCGACGGCCUCGUCAGGUGACCUGUCUCGACCCCACCACAUCGUUUCAGUGGUGCCCAACCGUUACCCGCGCUGGUUCACCCUGAGCCACAUAGAGUCUCAGCAGUGUGAGCUGGCCUCGACCAUGCUCACUGCGGCCAAAGGUGACAGUCGGAGGCUGGAGACGGUCCUGGAGUCCAUCCAGAAAAACAUUCACUCCUCGUCUCACAUCUUCAAACUGGCACAGGACGCGUUCAAGAUCGCCACUCUGAUGGACAGCCUGCCUGACAUCACACUUCUCAAAGUCUCUCUGGAGUUAGGACUGCAGGUGAUGAGAAUAACUCUGUCCACGUUAAACUGGAGGAGGAGAGAGAUGGUGCGCUGGUUAGUCACAUGUGCCACAGAAGUUGGUGUGUACGCGCUGGACAGCAUCAUGCAGAGCUGGUUCACCCUCUUCACCCCCACAGAGGCCACCAGUAUCGUGGCCACCACCGUCAUGUCCAACAGCACUAUCGUCCGCCUCCACCUGGACUGCCACCAGCAGGAGAACCUGGCCUCAUCCGCCCGCACACUCGCCCUCCAGUGUGCAAUGAAGGACCCUCAGAACUGCGCCCUCUCUGCUCUGACACUCUGUGAAAAGGACCACAUUGCCUUCGAGACAGCUUACCAGAUUGUACUGGAUGCGGCAUCGACAGGGAUGAGCUAUACACAGCUGUUCACUAUAGCACGCUACAUGGAACAUCGCGGUUACCCAAUGAGGGCGUAUAAGCUGGCGACAUUAGCCAUGGCUCAUCUGAACCUCAGUUACAACCAGGACACACACCCGGCCAUCAACGACGUGCUGUGGGCCUGUGCCCUCAGCCACUCGUUGGGAAAAAACGAGCUGGCCGCCGUCAUCCCCCUGGUGGUCAAGAGUGUGAAGUGCGCCACCGUGCUCUCGGACAUUUUGCGGCGGUGCACGCUGACCACGCCGGGGAUGGUAUCUGCACUGCACAGCCGCAGGAACUCUGGGAAACUGAUGUCGCUGGACAAGGCGCCGCUCAGGCAGCUGCUGGAUGCAACCAUCGGGGCCUACAUCAACACCACGCACUCACGCCUCACACACAUCAGCCCGCGCCACUACAGCGAGUUCAUCGAGUUCCUGGGGAAAGCCCGGGAGACUUUCAUGAUGGCUCACGACGGACACAUUCAGUUCACGCAGUUCAUAGACAACCUGAAACAGAUCUACAAGGGCAAAAAGAAACUAAUGAUGCUGGUGAGGGAGAGGUUUGGCUGAGGGUGUGGCCGGGGGUCACCGGAUGCUCCCCCCUCCUCACUCUAGUACUUUUCUAUUAACUUGAGUCUGCCUUUUGAACUUCUUUUGGACUUAUUAAAUAGACAAGUAAAAAAGAGGGAUGUGACUUGUAGAAUGAAGCAAAAAGAGAAAGGAAAAGAUGACAAAAAAUCAACAGAGCCACACGCGGUAUUAUUGUUCUUGCUGUUGUUAUUGUUAUAAACAUUAUUACUAUUAUUAUUAUUAAUAAUAUUAUUACUACUACGUGUACAGAAGUGUUUUUAUUUUUCAGAAGAGAGGAAAUUUGUCACGUUGUGAAUGUUGUGCGUAUUUCUCUACAUGUGUGCGAGAGGAAAAUGAAAAGUGAAAUGGCUUUUUGUUAUUUUUAUGAUUUAAAACAUCCUCUUUUUCCCCCCUUUUUGUUUUAGAGUAUAUUGAGUAAUAUGUAGUCAAGUGGCUGAAGCCCUUCUACGAUAGCGCUCGUGUACAAACAAGAAAAGAAAAGAAGACUAAAAAAAACGUCUCGACAUCCUCAAAGAGAAACUAAGGCUUUAAACCACACAGAGCACCUCCCUCUGUCUAGGCCCUCACCGGUGGGCGCUGGGCAGCACUGCACAGCUCGGCUCGGUUCGGCACAGCUUGGUUUAGCACUGACAGAAAGCUGCUAUCAGCAUUUCUUCAGACACAGCAGCAGCAGCAGCAGCAGCAGCACUUGAGCAGCCAUUAGUUUUCUCUGGGUCCCAGGCAUUAGCUUCAUUAGACACACACACACACACAACAAUGCUCUUAGCUAACUCGUGUUGUUGUUACUGUUGUAGUCUCACCCACCCACAUCACGAGUAGCUGUUUCACCUGUUUUACAGAGGACGGGAGGCAGUGACGACACAUUAGACAAAGAUACUGAGUAUUAUUGUUACAUUAAUGUCAUGCAGCACCGCUGGGUUUUUUUCAACAGCCCAAAUUUGGCUGAAGAACUGAUAUAGUGUAGUUUUCUAUAGUUGAAGCAGAUACCCAGAGGGAGACGACUACCUCAUGACACGAUACUGAACCUGCUCCCAGUUUUUUCUUUUCUUGGCUAUCACGGUAUUUAUUAUCUCGGAUGAGCCGACAGUGUUAAUGAAACCAGAGAUUCACUAGUGAGACCAAGGUUAUGAGGAGAUUCUGAUUCCUGCGCUCGGCUCUGCUGUACGUCACCACCCUGGCAUCGGUACUUAUACAACCCACCCCCCAAAUAAAAAAGAAUUGGCUCUGACGCACUCUGAAGAUGUAUGUCAGCCCCCCCCACCCUCUCAUCUCUACAGCCACCAUUGCACGGUAUUUUUUCGGAUGAGGCCAGUGUCAUUUCCCUCUGUGCAUGUGAAUCAUAGAAAUUAGACUUUCUGCUGUUAUAGUUCAUUGUGUGGAACCUUCAGUAAUUGUCAACCAGAACGUUCUCAGGGAUUUCUCUACACAGGAAUAAAAAAAGGCGGAACAAAUGAGCGACUGACUACAGGAAAAAGAAAAGACAAAAAUACGACCCAACAUGAGCGAGCAUUUAUUGUACUCUGUAUAUAUGCCAUAGUAUAUGUCUGAAUAUGGAGGAUCUGAAAGUAUAUGUUAACUAAUUUAUACAGAGUAUUCUAUGUAAUGUGAAAUACUUGAAGCCGCUGUAGUUUGCUCUCUCUCGCUCUCCUUUUCUUUCUCUCUUUUGUCUUCUCUCUCUCUAUUUUUUCCUCUUUUUGUUGAAAAACAGAACAUAUCAGGAGGACUUGACUUUUUUACCGCGUUGACGGCUUUUUGGACUCGCAGGGCCGCACUUGUUCAUACUUGAGACGCUGGACCCCGUCAGAAAUGCAGGUUGAGUCAAAUUGGUGAUGGCGGAGAAGAAAAGAAAAAUUCAUUCCUGCUGACUGAAGCACAGGGAGGGGAGAGAGGUCGACUACUUCAGGACAUCGGUCGAUUAAAAAAAAAAAACACAAUAAAGGAUUUCUUGAAGUACUUAAUUAUGCAUGUAAGCUGUUGUACUAGCACUCGUUCUCCAUUGGAUUCUUUGGGGGUGAAAAAAAACUAUAAUGUGCUUUACACAGGAGCUAAUUGAAGAAGAAUCUGGUUAAAAUAAUCAUGUAUUAUGUGUCCAGCCUUACAUGCUUUUAAGGACAUAUCUCGGCUGAAGUAAUAUAACACUUGUCGGAGCAAUUUAAUAGUCGUGCAACUCAAUAAGGCUCGCAGUGAUAAUUAUGCACAGGUUCAAUCUAUCCUGGAUUCAUAGUUCUCUCUUCCAUCCACCACAGAAUUGCCAGUGUCUCCUCUGCACUGUUCAGCUGUUCAGCUCAUAAUUGCCUUUCUUUUUACCUUCUUCUUUGUAUCAGAGUUUUUUCUCUCUUCUUUUUCUCUGUGCAUCUGUUUCUCUAUUUUGUGUUGAUUUGAGAUAAAAAAGCAGCCUUUUCUCUUGCCGUGUCUUAACGCUUUAAAGUAACCAAACAGGAGAUCUGUCUAACAACCAAACGUGUUUGAAAGAGGUGAGAGACGACCCACCUUGGUCCCAGCUUUAGUGUCCUUAAUUAGUAAGUGAAUGGCUGUGUAACUCAUGCUUUAACAAAGCAAUUCCUCACGUGUGUUUGGUGGAAAAAAAAUCUUACAUUGUCCAGUGUCUCUUGUUCUCUUCAGAAACAAUUUCCUCUGAGUCUUUCUAGCUGUUUUUAUUUCGGUUUUUUUUAUUAUUAUUUUUUGUUUGUUUGUGUAGGAAUCUUCUGCUCUCCCAGUUUAUUUAUUACAAUGACCCAUGUAUACAUGCUUAUGAAAUUAAGAUUUGAUACACCGAUAUCAAUUUAUUUAUGUAACUAAAUCACUGUUUUAUAAUCUUGUUAAUGAGUCAAUAAUUGAU